CGCGAAUGGUGAAGUGCUGCCAUCCAUUCCUCCCGAAAAGUGGGACCCAAACCACCCGGAGCUGCGGAGGAGCGGAUAUUCCGCGACUGCUCUACUGGCUUCCACUCAUGGCUCGUGCACAGGACCCCCUAGCAUGCUGGAGCUCACACGACUUCGAAUCGGUCGGCUCCAGAAACUUUUUCGUGACGGGAGACCGGCGCUGUUCGAGAGAAUUCGGGACGUGGAACUUUUUUUCCCUUGCCCCCUUUGCGAUCCAACCCCCCAGCGAAUACCACAUCCACCCAAUUGCUAUCGACCGCAUUGUACAACACCAUUUCCUUCUUUGAACUUUUUUAUUCGUUACGUUGUUACUGGGCUUUCGAACAGCUCAGCAACACACCAACCUCGACCACCGAAUGGCGUCCCAGAUGAAGAGGUUAAGGAUAUCAAGAUGCACCGGGCAACUGCUCAACGCCCAGGCCAGGACACACGCCUCGCCGUGCCUGACGCCCAUCUCCUUUAGAACACAGCUUUACAACAGCAACCCGGCGCGGACACUAUCGACCUCCUCCCCGUCCUUGGCAGCAGUAGCAGAAGAAGCAUCAUCCGACGCUUCAGCCAACACCACCGUCACCACCACCCAACCCGUCAAGUCGAAGUCGAGAAACCUCCCGUCACCCGCCCCCGAAAAGGCCCUCCAGUCGGCCAAGCUCGCCGCCCUCCACGCUCGCCUCUCCCUCCCCGAGAAGCUGCCCCUCCAGUCCCUCGCGCGCACGCUCGUCGACCCCUCCGCCGACCCUAACCCCAACUUCAACAACGCCAACCUCGCCGUCGUCGGCGGCUCCCUCAUCAGCUACCACGUUUCCGAGUGGCUCAUCACCCACUACCCCCGCCUCCCCAUGGCCAUCCUCUACGAAGCCAUGCGCGCCUACGGCGGCCCCGACUCCCUCUACCGCGUAGCCAGCCAGUGGGGCGUCGAGAGCGCCGCCGCCCCCGGAGGCGAAGUCGACCCAGGCCUGCUGCAGUUCUCCCAGGACCCCGAGGCCCACGGCGUCGUCCACGGCCGCUGGGGCUACGUCCGCAAGGAGCACUUCGAGCUCGACAAGUUCAAGUGGCGCCGCUCCGUCUCGUCCCGGGUCGUCCUCGACGACGAGUUCGGCGACGUCCUGCACAAGCCCAGGCGGAACCCGCUCGAGCCCAAGCCCGACCCCAAUGACCCGGCCCUGCUGAAGGAGCAGCGCGAGAAGCUCCGCAACGACGCCUACGCCGCACACGUCCGCGCCGUCACGGGCGCCGUGUACGCCCACGCCGGCCGCGACGCCGUGCGCGCCUUCAUCGACGCCCACAUCCUCAGCCGCCGCGUCGAGCUCGAGAAGCUCUUCAGCUUCAGGCUGCCCACGCGCGAGCUGGCGAUGCUCUGCGCCCGCGAAGGAUUCGAGGCCCCCGUCGCGCGACUCGAGAGCGAGACGGGUCGUCUGAGCAGGACGCCCGUCUACGUCGUCGGCAUCUACAGCGGGCGCGACAAGCUCGGCGAGGGCACGGGCGCCAGCUUGGAUUUCGCGCGUCUGCAGGCGUCUAUGAAUGUUCUCAAGGCGUGGUACCUCUACAGCCCCGGCGCCAAGGUGCGGGUGCCGAGUGAUAUGCUCGUCGAGGGCGCGAAGCCGUGGCAGCCUGUGCACAUUGACAUGGGAGAGAUUAUCUAAAGAAAAAGAUAUGUUGGGGCAACAUGGGGAAGAAGGAAAAGAAAAAAUGAAAAGCAAAAUACAUCGACUGUAAUUCAUCCAUCGGAGGAAGAGAAGAGAGAGGGGCGACAAGAGAGGGGAGGUGACGGAGAACGUUGUUCAAGGGUCGGGAGACAGGUGAUCCCGGACUUUAUCAAGAUGCCUUUUUGUUGGGCAGUGUACAUUUUGAAGCAAGGACAUGUAGAAGGUCAAGCAUGUCUCUGUAAGAUGAAUAGAUUUGUAAAAACAAUGACACACUCCUCGAAACGGGGCCAUUUACUGAA